UGCUUUUGAGCAAAACUUUUUAACACGGCAUCACGUCUUUCAGUUGUCAACUCCAAGCGGGGACAGUGAAGAAGAUGACACUUUUGAAAGAAAACUUCUUCCUGUAUCUGCUUAAAACUACAAAUAACAGAAAAACAGUCCCAGACUUAUUUAAUUUGCUUUUCCACUCACGUUUAGGCGGCGGCGUCCUGGAGAGGUGAUUAGCUGAGCGCCCCCACACCUGCCGGGGCAGAGGGGGACCGCGUCGGGGGCCAGGUGGGUGUGUGGGGCGGCCGUCACGUGACGCUGCGUCUCCCAGCUGCCGCUGGGGUAUAAAGGCACCUCUCAAAGUUUGGUCAGCCCUUUCCUCCGCUCGAAGCUGCCGUCCCUAGGUCCAGGCUUCGACGUCCCGUGGUGUCAUGGCAGACCAGGCUUUUGUAACGUUGGCUACUAACGACAGCUAUGCUCGAGGCGCCAUGGUUCUGGGCAAGUCCCUCCGCAACCACAACACAUCCAAGAAGCUGGUGGUACUCAUUGGCCCACAGGUUUCAGAACCUUGCCAGGCUGUGCUGAAGAGGAUCUAUGACGAGCUGAAGGUGGUGGAUGUGCUGGACAGCGGUGACACAGCUCACCUGGCCAUGAUGAAGAGGCCUGAUCUGGGUGUCACCUUCACCAAGCUUCACUGCUGGACCCUUACACACUACACGAAAUGUGUGUUCAUGGACGCAGACACAAUGGUGGUCUCCAACAUAGAUGAGCUCUUUGACAGAGAGGAAUUAUCAGCCGCUCCAGAUCCUGGCUGGCCUGACUGCUUCAACUCCGGCGUGUUUGUCUUUCGUCCUUCUGUGGAGACGCAUGGCAAGCUGCUGGCAUUUUGCACAGAACACGGCAGCUUUGACGGAGGAGACCAAGGGGUUUUGAACGGCUUCUUCAGUGACUGGGCAACAGCUGACAUAUCAAAACAUCUCCCCUUCAUUUACAACCUCAGCAGCAUUGCCAUCUACACUUACCUUCCAGCAUUCAAGCAGUAUGGUGGAAAUGCAAAGGUUGUCCACUUCCUUGGGAAGACCAAGCCCUGGAGUUACACAUUUGACCCCAAAGCCAAGCGCAUAUCUGGUAAUGUGCAUGAGGCCGCCACACACCCCUCCUUCCUCCUGGACUGGUGGACCCUUUAUGCUGGCUCCAUAGUGCCAAUGCUGCAUCAGCAGUACGGAGACCAGCCGUUCCACUCCGGAUGUGUAGAGGGGGAGAGCCAGUCUGCAAAUCCACAGCAGGAGCUUGAGCUCCAAAUGUCUUCAGAGGAACGGAAGGAGAAAUGGGAGCAAGGUCAAGCUGACUACAUGGGACAGGACUCAUUUGACAACAUCAAGAGAAAACUUGAUACAUUUCUGAAAUAAAAGGAGUGGGGGAGAUUGGAAGCACUUGCAGAUCUUUCACAAUGCUGUAAGACCAAUGGCAGGCUUUCUUUCUUCUUUGAAAGUUUUUGCAACGUGGUCAUCUGGUUUACUAUGCACAGAUUAAGUACUGGUACGCUGAGGAAACUUUUUACAAAUAAAGGGCCCUUUCUUCAAAGUACUCUGCUUUUUUGUUUUCUUAAAUGAAGAUGGCAAUACGUUCAUCCUGGUGCAUGUUCACUUAACAUCACUGACAAUCUUGUGUUGCAAUUUUUUUUUAUUAUCCAAAAAUGUAACCUUGUUUACAGAAAGUCCACUUACUACUUAGCCCUGCAUGUACAGGAGAACCUGAGCCUUGUGAACUAGCUGCAGCUUGUCGAUCCCUGAACAGCCACACUCCUGGAAGUGAUUUUUGGAUGAAC